AUGGCAGACGACGGCGAGAACUACCGCAACAUGGACCAGCAGCAGUUUGACCGGCGCCGCGCCGAGGACGAAGCGCGGCAAGACGCGCUGCUGGACCAGAUCCACGGCGGCGUCGUGGGGCUCAAGAACCAGGCGCACGCGAUUAAUGACGAAGUCGUGGAGCAAAAUGUCAUUAUUGACGACAUUGACACCAGAGUGGACACGGCAACACAAGACAUAGCACGGGAGGAACAAGCUACGCGUGAAGUCAAUGCCCGCAAAAAAAAGGCGUGCAAGUUAUACGGCGUGAUUGUGACGCUCGUGGUGAUCCUUAUCAUUGUGCUUGUGAUUCCUGGAUCCGGUGCAUGA